GUAUUUUACCAUAAAGCAGUAUCUGGCGGGUUAUGAUCCUGAAUCUCCGGUAAGCAUCAGUAGGGAUCUGGCGUUCACUGGAGAAUCUAUCUCUCAGAAAAGUCAUGGCAUCAUUUUUGAGCGACAGUUCUGGAGAUGAAAUGGACAGUGAAUCUACCAGUACUCGCAAACUUUAUUGUAUAUGUAAAUCGAGCGAUAUUGAGAGGUUUAUGAUAGGAUGCGAUCACUGCAACGAGUGGUAUCAUGGCGAUUGCAUUGGCGUAACGCAAAUUGCUGCCAAGCACAUAAAAUCUUAUAUUUGUGAGCGUUGCAGGGAGAUAAAACCAAAUCUGAAAAUCAAGUAUAAAAACGAUAUGAAACCUCUUUUCGAAGACGAUCAUAGGAAAAAGCAUAAACACAAAAAGGAGAAGAAAAAGAAGAAAAAGCAUAAGAGUUCAGAUAGGGACAGACCGGAGCCGAAUUUGUUAUCGAUGGAAUAUUCUAAUACGGAGAAUAUUCCCGAGUUUGGAGAGGAAGAGGACGAUAAGGACACAGAUGGCGACCCUGAUUUUCAAGUUAAAUCAAAUAUAGAAUCUUGGCCGGUAUUAAAAGAGGAUUCACCAUCAAUUAGUCCUCCUGCAAAAGCUAGUCGAGGCAGAGGUAGGGGUAAGCGAACGUCCGCUAGAGGCAGGGGAGGUGGAGGAGGUGGAAGACGUAAAACGGCUCGCGCAAAGAGAGAUAUACAGGUACCAGAAGUUGGAGAAGAUCCGGAAUAUUCCGAACAGGAUGACGACGAGGAAGACGAUGAACCUAGACAAUGUUACGGGUCACACUGCAUUAACCAUGCAAGAUCGAAUUCCAAAUAUUGCUCAGAUGAGUGUGGUAUAACAUUGGCGAGCAUUCGAAUAAAACAGUUUUUGGGAGAACGUGUUGCGGCAUGGAAUAAUUCUCCGUCGCUUGCUGGCCAACAAGCUGAAAACGAUCUAGAAGAAGUUGAUAAGGAAAUAAUUAAAGCCAAGCAAUGCUUAGUAGAUUUAGAGAAAGAACACGAGAAAUUAGAUGAAAUAGUAGCGAGGGGUAAAACUUUAGAAUGUCUUUCAGACGAUGAAGAAACUGAAGAUAGUCCUGAGGGACCAUUUCCAUGUUUAAUUUGCGCUCAAGAUGUCGGCUGUAAAACUGCUUUGAGACAUUGGGAACGUUGUUUUCAAAAAGCAGAAAGUCAAAUGUCGUUUGCUUCAAUUUAUCAAACAAAAAUUGAAGGCAGACCACUUUUCUGCGAUUUUUACAACGAAAGAACUCAGACUUAUUGCAAGAGAUUAAAAGUUAUAUGUCCAGAGCAUACAAAGGAGAGAAGAGCAGAAAAUAAUGAAGUUUGCGGAGCACCUUUACCUGAAACCUUAUUAACAGACUCAGAUACCUUAUGUAGAGUUCCAAAGAAAUGUUGUACAAAACAUUAUCUAUGGGAAAAGAAUAGACGAGCUCACACCGAUGUGCAACGAUUAAGAUCGUGGUGGCACUUGGACGAACUGUUCGAGAAGAAACGAAUCUUACAAAUGAACAAGUCUAACCGAGGAUCUCUCAUUAACGUCCUUCUUAAUAAAACUAUCGACCAUAAACCAAAUAUCUCCAUUCAACAACCGAAGAAAGUUAAAAAACCCAUCAAUUUCAUACCAUAA